GCGCGUCCCGGGCGGUUCGGCUCAACAGACGCUGCUCUGCCGGCGCCGGCUUGCGUCGCUGCGGUUGUCUCCGCGGCCGGGGCUGGGACGAGGCGGCGGCGGCAGCGGCAGGGACAGUAGACGGUCGCCCCCUUGCAGUGCGGCCGCGGCGCCUGCGCCAGGGUCCCCAGGAGGCGGCACGGGGCGUGAAUGCUCUGGGGGCGCGGCCAGGCCUGCGUGGGCCCGAGGCUGGAGGAACCGGGGCUCCGGCGUCGCGGCAAAAGACCCUGCACAGAACAUCUUGUGAUGGGAACCGAAACUACCCCCUCAAGCAAUCAGGAGUGCCCUGAGCCAGCCAGACUUAGAAGAGCGAGCGAGAGCAGGAACACCAGCAGGGAGAGCGGGAGAGGGAGAAGCAGGCUUUCCGCCAAGCAGGGAGCUGGACGUGGGACUCGAUUCCAGGACCCUGGGAUCAUGACCUGAGCUGAAGGUAUUGAAACAAAGACGUAGAUCUUGAAGGCACUGGCACCUCCUACCAUUGUCAACUGAUUCUGGAAAUCCGUUAAUUCCACUCUUUGAGCACUUAUGAAUAACCACAUGUCUUCAAAAACAUCUACCAUGAAGCUAAAACAGACCAUCAAUCCCAUUCUUUUGUAUUUCAUACAUUUUCUAAUAUCACUUUAUACUGUUUUAACGUACAUUCCAUAUUAUUUUUUGUUUGAGACAAGACAAGAAAAAGCAAACAAAAUUAAAGCAAAGCCUGUAGAUUCAAAACCCGAGUCUGCAUACAGAUCUAUUAACAGUUUGGAUGGUUUGGCUUCAGUAUUAUACCCUGCAUGUGAUACACUAGAUAAAGUUUUUAUGUAUGCAAAAAACAAAUUUAAGGACAAAAGACUGUUGGGAACACGUGAAAUUUUAAAUGAGGAAGAUGAAGUACAGCCAAAUGGAAAAAUUUUUAAAAAGGUUAUUCUUGGAAACUAUAAUUGGCUCUCCUAUGAAGAUGUCUUCGUUAGAGCUUUUAAUUUUGGAAAUGGUUUACAGAUGUUGGGUCAGAAACCAAAGACCAAUAUCGCCAUCUUCUGUGAAACCAGAGCCGAAUGGAUGAUUGCUGCGCAGGCGUGCUUUAUGUAUAAUUUUCAGCUUGUUACGUUGUAUGCUACUCUAGGAGGUCCAGCUAUUGUUCAUGGAUUGAAUGAAACAGAGGUGACCAACAUCAUUACUAGUAAAGAACUCUUGCAAACAAAGUUGAAGGAUAUAGUUUCGUUAGUCCCGCGCCUGCGGCACAUCAUCACUGUGGACGGUAAGCCACCAACGUGGUCCGAGUUCCCCAAGGGCGUCAUCGUGCACACGAUGGCUGCAGUGCAGGCUCUGGGAGCCAAGGCCAGCAGAGAAAACAAACCUCUUAGCAAACCAGGGCCCUUAGAUAUUGCAGUAAUCAUGUAUACAAGUGGAUCCACAGGACUUCCGAAGGGAGUCAUGAUCUCCCACAGUAACAUUAUUGCUGGUAUAACUGGGAUGGCGGAACGGAUUCCAGGACUGGGAGAGGAAGAUGUUUACAUUGGCUAUCUGCCUCUGGCCCAUGUUUUAGAAUUAAGUGCUGAGCUUGUUUGUCUUUCUCACGGAUGCCGCAUUGGCUACUCUUCACCACAGACUUUAGCAGAUCAGUCUUCAAAAAUAAAAAAAGGAAGCAAAGGGGAUACAACCAUGUUGAAACCAACAUUGAUGGCAGCUGUUCCGGAAAUCAUGGAUCGAAUCUACAAAAACGUUAUGAAUAAAGUGAACGAAAUGAGUAGUUUCCAACGCAAUCUGUUUAUUCUGGCCUAUAAUUACAAAAUGGAACAGCUUUCCAAAGGCCGUGGCACUCCACUGUGUGACAGGUUUAUUUUCCGAAAAGUUCGAGGCUUGCUCGGUGGAAGUAUCCGGCUUCUGUUGUGUGGAGGCGCUCCGCUUUCUGCAACCACACAGCGAUUCAUGAACAUCUGCUUCUGCUGCCCCGUCGGUCAGGGAUACGGACUGACUGAAUCUUGUGGUGCAGGAACAAUUACAGAAGUAUGGGACUACAAUACUGGCAGAGUGGGAGCACCAUUAGUUUGCUGUGAAAUCAAAUUAAAGAACUGGGAGGAAGGUGGAUACUUUAAUACCGAUAAACCACACCCGAGGGGUGAAGUUCUUAUUGGUGGCCAAAAUGUGACAAUAGGAUACUACAAAAAUGAAGCAAAAACGACAGCUGAUUUCUUUGAAGAUGAAAAUGGACAGAGGUGGCUCUGUACUGGAGAUAUUGGGGAGUUUGACCCCGAUGGUUGUUUAAAGAUUAUCGAUCGUAAGAAGGACCUUGUGAAACUGCAGGCGGGAGAAUAUGUUUCUCUUGGGAAAGUAGAGGCAGCUCUGAAGAACCUCUCCCUUAUAGAUAACAUUUGCGCAUAUGCAAACAGUUAUCAUUCUUACGUCAUUGGGUUUGUUGUGCCAAAUCAAAAGGAACUAACAGAACUCGCUCGAAAGAAAGGACUUCAUGGGACUUGGGAGGAGCUGUGUAACAGCUGUGAAAUGGAAAACGAGGUCCUCAAAGUGCUCUCUGAAGCUGCUAUUUCAGCGAGUCUAGAAAAAUUCGAAAUUCCAGUAAAAAUUCGUUUGAGCCCAGAACCGUGGACCCCUGAAACUGGUUUGGUGACAGAUGCCUUCAAGCUGAAACGUAAAGAGCUUAAAACACAUUACCAGGCGGACAUUGAGCGAAUGUAUGGAAGAAAAUAGUUCUUCUCUUUCAGCAUCGUUUGCUACAGGGAGCUCAGAUCAAAUAGGAAAAUACUUGAAGUGCAUGUCUCCAACUGUGAGGCAAACCCCGUUCCUCAUAGUAAACCUAAACUGUUACUUCUCAUGACGUCGCCGUUUUUACUGACAGGAUUAGUAAAACAUUAAGACAGCAAACUGGUGUCUGUCUCUUCUUUCUCUCCCCCUUUCCAACUUACCUUACCACCUAGGACUGCACUUGUCAGCAUGAGGACUUUCUGAAUCAUUUUGGGGAACAGUGAUUUUAAAACCUCAAGUUUUUAAACAUGAUUUAUAUGUUCUGUAUAAUGUUCAGUUUGUAACUUUUUAAAGUUCGGAUGUAUAGAGGGAUAAAUAGGAAAUAUAAGAAUUGGUUAUUUGGGGGGCUUUUGUACUUACAGUAUUUAAAAAUGCAAGGGUAUGGAUGUGAAAUUAUGUAAAUUCAAACGCUUAUGAAUCAAAUCAUUGUUGAACAAAAGAUUUGUUGCUGUGUAAUUAUUGUCUUGUAUGCAUUUGAGAGAAAUAAAUAUACCCGUACUUAUGUUUUAAGAAAUUGAGACCUUGUGAAUAUAUGCCUGACAGCGUCUUCUAUAUAUAUUUAUUUUUUAUUAGGGAAAAAAUGGAAGUUUGGUUGGUGCUGCAUGAAACAAGAUAGCACUAGAGGGUUAUGUUCAAUAGUAAACAAGAAAACACAGCAAAUGUAGCACCAGUGGGUAGUCUCCAGUAGCUUACCCUCAGGGUAUUCAGGGUCUUCUCGUUAGCUUUGAACUAUGAAAAUGUCCAAACUUUUUUUUAAAGUUGGAAGCAGUUCUAAAAGUUAGGGUGGGAUUUAAGAAGCAAAGGAUAGAAAGCUGUUCUUUAUUAAUGUUUAUAUUUACAGCACCUCAGUCAUGGAAAGAUAUUCUAUCCACUCCGAUGCUUUUAGUCUAGAUGUGUAAUCUAUCGCAUUUCAAAAUGAGGAUUUUUUCUCUUGAUAGUUCGCACUGGUUGUGUGUGUGUGUGUGUGUGUGUUGGCAACUUAUUUAAAAAAGCACCUUAUCCUUUCUAAACAGAACCUUUCUACGCUAGAAUACAGAAACAUGGAGAAUGCUUCUGAUACUGGCAUUCUUACUAAGAUAAUGAGAAUUUAACUUUAUACUGAAGUAGUUAAGAUUUAAUUUGUAGGUUUUUAUGUUACUGUGGAAGUUAUUUAUGAUUCUAAACACACUGCUUGUAUGGUACAUAGUAAGUCUUUUCAUACGUGUUGCUUGUCUUGUUAUUUGAGCAUUAUCAAGAGUAAUAUUGCACUCCAGUGAAGAUGUGUUCAAAUCAAGACUUUAAAAAAAUCGUAGAUACCAUGUUUUCUUAAUGUCCUGUCAGUUAUUUUCUUGAUUCUUAGUUGGUUUAGGCAUCAAAAGGCAAAAACAAAGUUAAGAAUGUAGAUCUGUGCAGGAUAGUGGGAGUGCUGAGACCCAGGGCCCUGUAGCUUUUGGUCAUUUGUGCACAGACCAUAUUUGGAGAUACCACAAUAUGGUGUUCGGUUUUGAGUAUUUCUUGUAUUUCUGUAUAUUUGCAUUAUGUUUUUAAUGUGUUUCUCCUUGUCAUAGUUUAAAUUUUCAUAAAGUUUGGGAAAACUGCCAAGAAGUAAAACAAAGAAAGUAAACCGCUUCUCUGUCAGGAUGUUGUGAUGUAAAGAUUAAGUCAGGGUGGGUGGAGAAUUUGUUUCUGAUGCUUUCUCUUUAGAAUAAUCGUUUGCUUCCAAAUGAUUUUUGAGAAGUUAUAUUUAGAAAAAGAAGGUUUAGUGUUCAAAGGAGAGAGAACAAUAUAAUGGUGACUUGAAACAGUGACAGUUUACCACUGAUUGUGGAUACAAGUUGUUUCUUUUCAGAAGCAUCCAAUAAGGCUGAUGUAAUUUGCGUCUAAUUCCAUUUUUCUCAUUUUUUAGAAUUCCUUUCAGUCUUAAAAUCUUAGAUGCCACGUGUCAGAUGUCAUGCAGAGUAUGAAACUAUUACAUAAAGUAUCAUCCCCUUUCAAACAAAUUACUCUCUGACCCAGGCCAUCUUUAAUGACUUGAAAAAUGGUAUCUUUUCCUAUUAAUCUUUCAAAAGAAACAGUUGGUUUAACAACCAAAACCAAAACACCACCCAACAACGAUGAUUUUAUUAAAAUACUGGUUUAGCCAGAAGACGCUUGGGGAGGAAAACUUAGAAGAAUGUCGGUCAGUUGCUAAAUCUAAUACAUCUGAAAAUAGACUAUAGAUCCUCAAAAGAAUUCCUAAGAACUUGUUCUGUGGAAAUAAGUUACAUAAGACUUCUCGGCCUUUUCCCGUGACAGUAAGUCUAGAGCCUGACUGGCGGCUACCUCCGCUCUUCUCUCUGGCAGGCUUCCCCCCACCCUGGGCUGGGAUUUUUUAGCUUCAACUUUAUUUUACCAACAGCAGAACAAAACCUAAAGUGGUCUCUUCUUUAUAAGUACUACUUUGUUUUUUAAGUAAUGAAUCUGAUACCCAUGGUGUUCUCUAAAGCUUGCAAUUUUUUCAGCAAUAUUUAAAGAUUACCCUGGAAUAUUUUUUUUUGCUGCUAAAAUACACAAGAUUAUUUACAGUUUUUAAAGCAAUUAUUCCCUGUGAUACUUUAAAACUUGAAAUCCUGAUGUGUGAGUUCUUUAUUUUGUAAGAGAAUUACAUGCAUCUGUGAUGUUUUAAAGGGGAUCCACUUAAAACAGUGUACAUACUGGACCACACUGAAAUGUAAUGCGUCUUUUCUCUACACUUAACAAUUGGUUAUUCACUGCGAGUUCAUUUUUGAUGUAUUCUUGGUUAUUGCUGUUUUCUGCCUGAAGUGUACAUCAUAAAGAAGCAACAUAGCCACAUGGUAUGGACUAUUUAUUUGUAACUUGACAUCGAAUUUGAAGAAUAAAGAUGUAAAAAGUUUCUGAUAUUAAAACUCUACUAUUU